AUUUUUUUAUUUUUUUAUUUUGUGUGAAUUAAAAGUGCUAAUCAAAAAUGGAUAUGGACUCGUUGGAAUCUCUGUUGGCUUCUCAUCGAGACGCUCUUCGCAGAUUAUGUGAAGCGGAAAUGAAUUGGCGAUAUGCACAACGCAUGAAUCGUCCUAUUCCACCGGUAUUGCGCCGCCGAAAUUUAGUAUUGAUAAAAUAUCAUAUUGAAGCUAUUCUCAGAGGUUUAAUAGCUAGCACUAUGUUUUCAAGACUAAGCGGUUUUCAAAUGUAUGAUGAUGAUGAUUUAGAUGCAAGACCACGAUUUAGAGUUUACAAUAUUCCUGCUAACGAGGCAAAUGAUAAUAGUACAGUAUUGGAAGAUGAGUCUGACUUGGCUAUGGAUGAGUUGGACCAUCUCAUAAUAUUCCCAUCACUUGGAGCAAAAUAUUCAUUGAUACCAGAUGAUCGAUAUGGUACAACUAUGACUGUUGAACUUUGCAGUGUUACGUAUGAGUCAGAUCAAGAGAUGGAUGUAAAUCAAGAAUCUGAUACUGAAACUAACGAAGUUUCAAGUACACAAAAUAAUGAUGUUGCCAUAGAAGAAUAAUAUAUAAAA